ACUGGACAUAUAUUUUUCCUGCUCUCCAGCCUUCCUCUCCAUCAAUCCAACCUUCUCCUUUCAGCCCCUUGCUAAAAAAUAAGUAAAUAACAGCACUUGGGGGCAGAUUAAUUCACCAAGAUGUUGGCCGCAAACUCAUCGCCGCCGGUAGUCACUGUUGCGAUGCAGCACGUGGUAAUUAGUGACGACUCCGCUGGCAGCUGCCGGAGGAUGAAUAACAACACUACUCAGGUUACAGUUCCGGCUCGCCGGCCGCAACUUCUUUUCUCCAGCGCACAAGGACUUGAUCUCCAUCACCAUGCAAGCCCCAAUACCUCGUCAAACAAGCGCAGGAACUUGGUUGUUUACAGCAACGUUGAUUCAGGAGGCCCUGUUUCUUCUCCCACUCCUUCAGGUUCAUCCUCCGGCGGUUCCGAUUGGAGAGGGUGGCUUGUCGGGGUGAUAAUGAGCUUCCUCCUGCCCUUCUGGCGGAACCAAUUGUGGUCCCUCAAAAAGAUACAAGCCAGCGUGGAAUCUGUGGUGGAGACGAUAGAAGAGGUGGUGGAGGCGGUGGAGGAGGUGGCGGAGAAAGUGGAGGAAGUGGCGGAGCAGAUCGAAGAGAAUCUGCCGGAAGGGGAGCUCAAGGAGUUGCUGGAAGACGUGGAGCAGGCGGCCGAUAAAGCUGCCAAGGCCGCCGAUGUUGCCCAACAAGUCCUCACUAAGGUACAAGCAAUGGAGGAUCAAGUGGAAUCUUACAUCGAUAAGGCACCUGCUAAUAAAAACCAGAAGACUAAGGUUAAUUAAGUUGUAGUAUACACAUUAGCUAUACAGUGACUACAUAAAUAAAGAUAUUUGUAUUGGUUGGAAUGGUUACAAAUACUCAAGUGAAAUAAGGGACUACUACAUGUUAGGAGAAGUGAAAAACACAAGAGAGAGGAAGAGAACCCAUCAUUGAAAUAAAUGCUAGUCUUGCUCCUUCUGUUGAAGAGAUCUUUCUUUGGGGAAGGAAUUCCCAAAAACCUUGCUUGAAGAUGAAACCCUAGCUUCUUGUCUUCUUUGGUUCGUCACUUUCUCACUCAAGAAAUCUGAAGAAGAAGAAGUUUCUCACGCUAGACCGUGAACUGGCUUGAGUACAAUGAAAGCAAAAGUGUCCCUGGAUGCCUGGCGAUUUGCGUUUGCGGCUCCAGCUCACGAUCUCCCUGACCGUGAACUCACUGCUUCCACCGUGAUUCUGCUGCUGCCUCCAUCCUUUGACCCGAU